AAAAAAAAAGGCAUCUAAAAUUAUCUGUACAAUACAUUUAUACAUAUUCUAUUUAUUUUUAUUUAUUUAUUUAUUUUUGGACUUUUAUUCUUCUUGUUAAACAAUAAUGUCAGGUUCUCAAUCUGUCAGUUUUGAAGAUGAAAUCGUCCAUUAUGACGAUGAUCCACUGGAAAAACAGCAACAUAGAUAUUAUAACGAAUCGGAUGAUGGCUUCUAUCAUUCUAUGCAUCAAAAGACAGCUAACUUUCAACAACGUCGUUCGGGCGGUCUUUCUGCAGCUUAUACAAAUGAUAUUAUAGACCAAUCUCGUUACCAUGAUGCUGAAAAAGUGGUUGAAACAUCACCUAAUGAACGUUAUGCUCGUUUAAAUACACUUUUAGGUAAAGGUGCUUAUAAGAUUGUUUAUAAAGCUGUCGAUCGGGAAGAGGGCUAUGAAGUGGCCUGGAAUACAAUGCAGGCAACCAAAUUUAUUGACAACAAAGAAAUGGAACAUGAAAUUAGUAUUUUAAAAUCAGUACGUCAUCCAAACAUUAUUGCCUUUCAUGAUGCUUGGUAUCAAAAAAAUGAAUUCGUCUUUAUUACUGAACUUAUGACGUCUGGUACACUUCGAGAAUAUAUUCGUAAACUUAAUUUACCUAAUAUUAAAAUUGUCAAACGAUGGUCUCGUCAAAUUUUAAAGGGCUUGGCUUAUUUACAUGGUUAUAAUCCCUCUAUCAUUCAUAGGGAUAUUAAAUGUGAUAAUAUCUUUAUUAAUGGGGCUCAUGGUGAAGUCAAGAUUGGUGAUAUGGGAACUGCUGAAAUGAAGAUGGGUAAGAAAUAUACUAUCAUCGGUACACCCGAGUUUAUGGCCCCCGAGAUGUAUGAAGAGCAAGGUUAUAAUGAAAAAGUCGAUAUAUAUGCCUUUGGUAUGUGUCUCUUGGAAAUGGUCACUGGAGAUUAUCCAUAUGGUGAAUGUAAAAAUGCAGCUCAAAUUUAUAAAAAAGUCUCUUCUGGUGUUAAACCGGCUAGUCUAAUGGAAGUUCAAAAUGAGGAAGUUCGUAAGAUUAUUGAAAAUUGUUUAGGAAAAGAAGAAGAAAGAAUGUCAGCCCAAGAAAUCCUUGAACAUACUUUUCUUGCUGUUGAACCUGAUAUUGUUUUACUUGCUGCAGAUCCCGCUCAUGUUCAUCUUACACUUCAAGUCAUUUUUAAAGGAAUGGAUAAACUGUCUGUAAAAUUUGAUUUUAAUGUGGAAACAGAUACCGCUGAGCAAGUGGUUCGUGAAAUGAUUGAAGAACAAGUUUUACCCGAAAGAUAUCAACAUCACAUUACAAAGGAAAUUAACCGUAUACUAAGAGAUAUGGAAAAACCAAGUAAUAAGGGCAAUGAGAAUGAUCAAAAUGAUCAAAUAAAAGAAUCUAUUUGGAGAAGAGAAAGCGAUAUUCGUUCUGAGCUUCAAAGAACACGUGAAGAAUUAGAACGAGCUGCUGAACAUGUAUUAGAGGUAGAAUCGAGAUGUGAUGACUUUGAAACUCGGGCUCGUACUGCUGAAAAUAGAUAUCGUGAAGCAAUGCGUAGUAUACAAGAACUUAAACAAACUCAGCAUUUAUCUGCAGAACAAUUGGAGACCUUGAAGAAGAACAUUCGUUUUGAUCACGACUUGAGAAUUGAUACCUCUCGUCUUAAACGUCCAGAUACAAUGAAUUCUACAACUAGUAGUAGUAGUAGUAGUACUGCCACUACUGCUCGUCUUCAGACUGUUUAUAAUGAUGGACCAUUAAGUGCUGUCUCUAUUGGAAGUAAUGGAACUAUUAGAAGUGAAUCAAUAAAAAGAGCUGAAAACUCUUUUGAUUCUCCUUCUCCUCCUCCUUUAACUGCUCCAACUUGUCGUGAAGCGCUUGUAUCUCGUAUUUUGGAAGAAUAUACGGAUGAUACUGAUAUUGAAUUAUUUGUAAAGGACUGUGCCAUUGCCAGUCAUCGAAAUGUAGAGAAAGCGCAUGAAUGGGCAAAUAAGUUAAAGAAUCAAGAUAUUAUGACUGUAGGUGAUCU